AAACAAAGGAGGAGGAAGAAGAACACAACGUAGUGACGUAUUUUCUCGUCGCCGCAGCCGCUCCACGUGCGUUCAGUCGGAUUCAGGUUCUGUUCGGGUUCCGGCUGGUGUCAGCCCGCUGUGAUGGAGGAGCGCAGCAGACUGUGCUCCGUGUGGCUCGGGUCCGAGACCGGGAUUCUGAAGGGGGUCAGUCUGGACCGGAAGCAGGCCUUUAACUUCUCCAACACGCGCGCGCUGAGCCGCGACCAGGAGGUGCGCGCGCUGUGCUGGGCAGACCCGGCGGAGAGCGAGCUGCUGCUGGGCUGCGCGGACGGAACCGUCCGGACCUUCAGCACCGAGAAGGGCGUCUUCACCGAGGCCCGGAGCUGCGGAGACCCGCAGGAGGGCUGCUUCAGCGGGCUGGCCUCGCUGCGGGGCUCCGCCAUCAUCACCUGCGCGGAGUGCGGGAAGGUGCGGGUGUGGCGGGAGGACGGCAGCGGGCCGGUGGCCGAGCUGGACGCGGGCAGCAACGUGUGCCGGAUGCGGCAGAGCCCGAUGGACCCGAACCGGGUGGCGACGGGCGGGAAGGAGAACGGGCUGAAGAUCUGGGACCUGGAGCGGCCUGAGAAGCCGCUAUUCACCGCGAAGAACCUGCGGGACGACUGGCUGGAUCUACGGAGGCCGCACUGGGUCAGAGACAUCGGCUUCAUCCCGGACUCCGACAAGGUGGUCACCUGCACGGGCUACCAUCAGGUUCACGUGUUUGACCCGGCGACCCCCCAGCGGCGGCCCGUCCUGGAGGCGGAGUUCGGCGAGUAUCCGCUGACGGCACUGGCGCUGCCUGCCGGCAGCGGCGCCGUGGUGGUGGGCAACACGCAGGGCGACGUGGCGGUGCUGGAUCUCAGGAAGGGGCUGGUCCGCGGGCGCCUGAAGGGCGCGGCGGGCGGCGUGCGCGCCCUGCAGUGCCACGCCUCCCAGCCGCUGGUGGCGUCCUGCGGCCUGGACCGCUUCCUGCGGGUCCACAGCCUGGAGGACCGGCAGCCGCUGCAUCGCGUGUACCUCAAGUCCCGGCUCACCUGCCUCCUGCUGGCCAGCCGGGAACUGCAGGCCGGCCAGGGGGGCGGGGCCACGGAGGGGGCGGAGCCUCAGGUGAAGGAGGAGGAAGAGGACGAGGUGUGGGACAGGAUGGAGCGGGUGGAGGAGGAGGAAGAGGCGACCAAGAGGAAACCAGCAGCAGGAGAGGAGGAGGUGAAGAAGAAGAAGAAGAAGAAAGAAGGAGACUGAGAGGCGUUCAGGGUAUGGGGAGAGCAUGGGAAAUCUCAGACUGAAUGUAGACAUUUCACCACCUGAACGCCUCGUCGGUUCUGUUCUGACUGGGUUCUUCCUCUGCUGUCGGGUCAGAUUCUGUAACUAAUUUAAUAAAUUUACCUUUUUAUAAAUGAAA